AUGCCGACCCCGACCACCGUCAAGUUGUUGGUCGACGAGACGAACGAGGAGAACAAGCUCGCAUCGCCGGCAGAUCAUGUCUGGAACGACCCACGCCUGCCGCAUAAUCGACGAAAAUCCACUGGAUGUGCCGCGAUAUGCGCGGUGGCUGGUGUGAUGUUUUUGCUGGGCGUGGCGAUUGGAGUUGCCGUCUACACGUACCUUACGCCUGGAGCCUUUUCGGAAUUGUUGAGCAUCGGCGAUGCUGACGACGACGGCGAUUCAUCGGACGAGGAUUUUGAGAAUCGAGUAGAGCAGGACUGUCCCGAUUUUCCAUGGGAUGAAAUACGGCUGCCUAUUGACGUCGUCCCAGAACAUUAUAAUAUAACGAUCCACCCGGAUAUUGAAGACCAAACGCUCACCGGCCAGGUCACGAUCGAUUUGAGGGUGACAAACCAAACAUCAGUCAUCGUGCUGCACGCGAGUCGCCUGAAUUUGUCAUCAUUCUACAUUAAUGUUAACAACAAGAAGGUUGAUGCAGAACACACCUCCUGCAACCUGCUCCAGCAAUGGGCAUUCACGCUCGAGAAUCCGAUAGAGGAGGACGAUGAGGUUGUUCUCGGAAUGGAGUACGACGGGAAAGUGUUGGCCGACAUGCAUGGGUUGUACAUCAGCACGCAUCACGAUGUGAAGGGGAGGAGCUGGAAAUCAGUCGCGUCCCAAUUCGAGCCAACCCACGCCCGGAAGGCUUUUCCGUGUUUCGACGAGCCAAAUAUGAAAGCUACUUUCCAGCUCUCCGUCGUCCGCGGCCCUCACUACGUCACGCGCAGCAACAUGAACCUGCGCGUGAGCCGCGAGCGCGCCGAGGACGGCCUCUACAUCGAUGUUUUCGAGCGUAGCGUAAAAAUGUCGACGUAUCUUCUGGCGGUGGCCGUGCUCGACAAUUACGAUUAUAUGAAGCGGUUGACAAAGUCGACGCAGGAGCCGAUUGAGGUCCGUCUCUACGCCCCUCGUGACGUCCUGAAGGGCCAAGCCGAUUUCGGCCUAGAUGUUGCCGUUCGAGCGCUAGAAUAUUUUGAAGAUUACUUUAAUAUUUCUUACCCUCUCGAGAAAGUCGACCUUCUUGCCCUUGACGACUUUGCUGAGGGCGCCAUGGAAAACUGGGGAUUGGUCACGUUUAGAGACUCAGCCCUGCUCUACAACGAGGAGACGUGCAGCACGCUCAACAAGGAGCACAUCGCCUUGGUCAUUUGCCAUGAGAUCGCGCAUCAGUGGUUCGGGAACCUGGUGACGAUGGAUUGGUGGAAUGAUUUGUGGCUGAACGAGGGAUUCGCGAAUUAUAUGGAGUAUCGAUGUGUCGAUCACUUGUUCCCGUCGUGGAAUAUUAUGACCCGUUUCUACGCCGAAAACUCGGGCUCGGCUAUGGACCCGGACGGCUUGACGUCGUCUCGCCCGAUCAACGCUGGACUCCAAAAUACAACUAAUAUCAUGUCACUUUUCGACGCGAUUUCUUACCAUAAGGCCGCCGCCAUCAUCCACAUGCUCCAAGGUCUCGCCGGGGAAUGGUAUUUCCAGAAGGCUCUGAUCGAGUACCUCAACAAGUACAAAUACGACAACGCCAAGGGGGAAGAGUUGUGGAGGGUGGUUGAGAAGCACGCAUCACUUCCUCAUGGGGUUACCAUCGAGAAUUUGGCGGAGGCUUUUACAACUCAGGUCGGCUACCCAUUGGUGCAAAUCGGCUUGGUCAACAACGACGAGGAAAUCCUAGUCCAUAACCAGACCCGCUUCCUGUUCAACAAUGACGAUGAGGACGAGGAUGAUCUCGAGUGGCCAAUCCCAGUCCAUAUUAGAACUGAUGAGAAGGAUGAGGCGCAGCUCAAGUGGUUGAGGCCUGGGGAGCAGAAAGUGCACUGGCGCCUCGACUCCCCAGCCAAAUGGGUGAUCGCGAAUACGGGUGGUGUCGGGUAUUUCAAAGUGCUCUACGACAGGAAGAUCUACAAGGAGCUUGGCAAGCAGUUGGAAGGUGAUCAUACGGAAAUCUCAGCCAUCGACCGUACGAUGCUGAUCACUGAUGCCUUCGACUUCACCAAGGUCGGACUGCUCGACGUCUCGACGUAUAUGGACUUGAUACAGUAUGCCAAGGAUGAGCGAGACCGUAUGGCCUGGUCAGUCAUCAACCAGCAGUUGAAGCAGUUGGAGGAUCUGCUGAGUGAGACCGACUAUUUGCAUCUGUUCCGGGACUUCCAACGUUCCCUGAUCGUUAAAAUAUACGAUGAGGUCGAUUGGGACGAUGAUGAGGAUGAUGAUAGUGAUUCGGAUGAGAAGGACCCCUCGCGGACCGGAUUCCGCCAAACAAUCCUUACGCUAGCUUGUCGACUUGGACAUGGCGACUGUGCGAAACAGGCGGUGAUCCGCUUUAACCAGUGGUCCGUGCUGGGCAAGAAAGCAGCCCCCGAACUCCAGAACGUCAUAUACGAAGAAGGAGUGAAAGCUGGAGAUACGGGCACCUGGGAAAAGACUUACGCCGCAUACCAAAAAGCAACAGCCCCGAAUGAGAAGCAGAGCCUCAUGGAGGGAUUGGCCGCCACGAAGGACCCGAAACUCGUGCAUCGACUUUUGAGGAUGACCCUCGAUCCGAGUGCGAUUAAGGCAAACAACGUCCACCGCGCCUUCUCAGCCCUCGCCGAAAACGAGCUGUCCCGGACGGCCGCCUGGCGCUUCUUCAAGAUCAACUACGACGAGUUUGAGAAGCGGUUGGGCGCGGGCAGCAAUUUACUAUUUGCCUGCAUUCGUGGUCUUGUCGAGAAGACGAACACGCGCCACGAUCUCGACGAGUUGAAGGAGUUUUUGGCGGCGAAAAAGCUGGACAAUAACAAGAUGAAAAUGCGACAACUGUACGAGAAUAUAGAAGUGAACAUCCAGUGGCGCGAGUUGAACGAGGACAAAUUUGAGGAAUAUCUGCACGAAAUGUCAGAAGACAAAGAACUGCGUCGGCCGCUCGCCUCGAAAAAGGACAUGUUCCUGUGGUGGGCCGUCAAUGUGUCGGCUGGCUUCUUUCUAUCUGGUGCCCACAACGUUCUGUUCUUCGCCUCCGACAUCCACACCCCAGUCAUCCAUUUUAUGCACCAUGCUUCGACCGCCGUUUUUUUGUUCCUGUUCUCGUUGGCGGGCAUUAUUCCUAAGCACCCUCCCCUGCCAAUCAAAGAAUUCGCGAUUCCGGUGGCCGCAAAAGUACUCGAAACGUUCCUCUCCUCCAUCGUCCAUUCCCAAAAUCGGACCGGCGGAUUGUAUGUCUUACGAAUUUUUGACGUCAUGACAACGGUGGCCAUCGUCUACUGGGGGAAGCAGUUCGGGUUGAGCGACAAGGAGAAGCCGGCCAAUAAGCAUUUGCUCCUCCUCGGUUUGGCUACUUCCCUUUCAUGGCUCGAAUUCGGCCAAAUGGAAUACACCUUCUUCAGCUUCAUCUGUUCCCCAUUGUUGGCCCUGGCUAGAGCCUAUUCGAUUUUGAGCGUCUGGAGAUUGGCCCAAAAACUCCGUCCACCAUCGCUUGAUCUCCUCACGAUGUACUAUUGUGGAUUGACGGCCUUGGCUCUGGCUCUCCCGGCUCUGAUCUCAUUCUCCAGUCGAACCGUUGAAGUGACGGCUUCCUGGGAGAGCAUUGAUACGGUGUUGAUGUACCUCUCUCCCAUUUUCAUGGCCUCGGCCCUCUACUCGGAACUCUGGCUUUGCCUCGUCGCCGGCCCCAAGACCUUCCAGGUAGCAGAGCAUGGAAAGUACUUCCUGGCGUCCCUCGGGCAGUGGAUCAUCCAAAAUAUGGCGCAUCCCUCGAUCCUCGCACUGAUCGGAAAGAUAUUGUUUGUCGGAUCGGCCGUACGGGCCGUGGCUCAUGGCUUUGCCGAG